CUGGGUUCGGGGGCAGGUGAACAGCAGCAGCAGCCGCUGCCGCCGCAGCAACAACCUCAGCAGCAGCAGCUCUCCAGUGGCGGCGGCAGUGGGCCCCGGCAGGUGCCGGCGAGUGUGCUCCCGCCGCCACCCACACCGGACCUGUCGCCGCCACCGCCGACAGUAGCAACAGGCCCCAGCAUCAAGCCGGUUGAUGCUGCGAGCGCAACGGCUGCGGCAACCCAGCAGCCUCGUUCCCUGUCGGCACCGCGCAGGGGUCUCUCUCGCCUCGCCUCCUCCUCCAUGCCCACCGCCGCCUCCACUUCUCCUACCUCUACCUCUCCCACCGCAUCCGCCUCUGCACCCGCUUGCACGAGUGCCACUGCUGCUGCUGCUGCUGCUGCUGCAUGCUUCACCACUUCUGCUGUUCCGGCUUUCCCUUCCGCUUGCUCCCUGGGUUCAGCCAGCAGCGUUUCCGGAGGUAACGGUGGCAGCAACUGAGGAGUUGCUUGAGCGUCCGCCGAACACCGCUGCUGCCGCUGCUGCCACUUCCCCCGCUGCUGCUGCUGCUGGGCGCGGUGGUGGCAACGGCUCCCAACUGCCCAUAGCAGUGAACCUGGCGGGCCGUUUGCAGUCGCCAAAGCAGGGAGAGCGGCAACAGGUGGGGAGUCAGAGGGAGCAGGUGUAUGUAGCAGGGUGCACGGAAGCUGUGAGCAGCAGGAGGUGCAGCAAGGAGGGGCAGGGGAGGCAGGGGGGCUGCCGUUCAAUGGAGCUUCCGCCUCUAUGUAUCGUUGAUUCAUCAUAGCAAUGGCAUUCGAGCACGUAUGUAGAAGGAUUGUCGUCAGAAGGCAAACAGAACAACGGGUGUGAUUACGUCGAAAGAGAGGGAGAGGGAGAGUAUUACGCUGAGAGACAAGAUAAAGAAGGGAAAUAAGAGUGAGAAGAGUCUACGGGUCUUGCCAAGCCGUGGGCAACGUGUCCGGUACCCGGUUCGCUCGAUUUACUGUGGAGUGGUGUGGAGGAGUAGUAGGAGCAAUGUCGGCGGCUGUUGGCUGGUGAGUGUCAAGGCUGUUGCCAAGGUGCCUGGUGGCAAGAAUUUCAAGUUCCCCUAGGCAAGCAAGUAAGCAGCCGCCUGUUGAUUCAGGUUUUCCUUAAGUUCGAUUAGCAUAUGUACGUCUAAAGGACAUUCAUGCGAGGUGCUGCCAUUUGUUUCCCGUCCUCGAAGGCAAGUUGAUAAACUACUGGCCCCCGCAUGCGUGCGUGUGCGUGCGUGGGGUGGCUGAGGGGUGUUGACAAGAGAGCUUGUUGCAUGGCUGUGAGCUGCGGUCAUGAUUGUUGGUUGGGGCCUUACGUGUCGUUAUGGCCGGCUGUUCAUUACCCCCGCUGCACCGGUCGAGGGCCGGGGAAUUCCAUUCAUGUCUGGGAGAGAUGCGGGGCUGCCUGUGUGUAUGUGUGUACGGUAUGUGAAGCUGUACUACUGCCAAGCGUCAUUAGCAGCCGAGCGGACAGGUGUGUUACAAAAACUGGCCGCAAGUCGAAACAUACUGUGAUUGCCGGAAGAUUAGGCGUGUGUGCGUUAUAUCAACUGGACGCGAAACCUGGCAGUUCAACUGGACGCGAAACCUUGCAGUGUCCUUGGAGGAGCACUGGAGAAUUAAGGAUUGGAGAAUUAAGGAUUGGAGAAUUGGUGGAUUGGAGGUGCGUGUGUAUGGCAAUGGAGGGAGGCGUCCGUUAGUGCCACCACAAAAGAAGCACGUGUUGAUGAAUGGCAAGGUCGAAUCGGUUCGUUCGAUUAAAAACCAUGUAUGUGUUGAUGUGUGGGGCGGGGUUUGACGGAGGUAGGGUUGAUGUAUGGCUUACUUCUUGAUGUCGGAUACCUACAGGGCAGCAGUUAGUUGGGCUGGUGGUUGAUAGCUGGUUGGAAAGGCUUGAAGGAGUUGAGGGCGGUGAGCAGUUGCUGCAACAGCUGCAGCCGUUGCAGCAUUGCCAGGAGACGGCAGCAGACGGCAGGCCGUGUGUGGUGUGAUAGUUUGUUAUGUUGUUGUGCGUUAGCAAGGCUGGCCCGGAGUGCGAGCGUAUGUGUUGUAUGAGUAAGAAGACUGGCCGCGAGUAGGAACGUACUCGUAUUCGUACGUGUGUUAUGUGGUAAGUAAACUGUGUUAUGUGUGUACCGUAUGUGGCAAUUGUCAAUAGGUUGCGACUAAAGCACGAGGGAUGCAAUGGUUGUGGCUGGGGGGUUCGGGACAUCGGUUGAGGGGAGAUGUUUUACCAUGAUGUAUGUCUGUCCAAUACAGUCCUAUUAGUGCAAAAUACAAAAGAGCAAAGGAUCGGAAGUGGGGUGUUAUUCCUCAACUAAAUCCCAACUGAAUGCUGCACGGGUACGGUGUUGAGCACAGUCAUAUCAUGGUGCGUACGGUUGACAUGGCGCAUAUGUGCAAUUGUGCGGGCAUCUGUGACCUUUUUGUGGGAGGGUAAAAAGCGACCCAUGGGUCAUUCGCUUCGUAAACAGUCUACUUGAUAAGAGGCGUUUGUGAGUAGGCGAGGGUCUUGUUGCGAGAAAGAGGGGGAGAUGAGUUGUGAAAGGUGAGGUGCCAGAGAUUGAGGGCAUCCGUACGAAUGCGUACGGCUUCUGUGACGGCUUCCGCUGUUGGAGGUACGACGCUAUACGGCCUUGUCGAAGUGAGCUUGAUCAAUCGAGCUGGUCAUGACAUAUUAUCCUCGGUUGUGUGCUAGCUGCAGCGGCUGCUGCUGGGGACAUGCAGCCCUUUGUGCUGCCUUCUUUACUGUUGCGGUUGGCUGCCUUUUGUAGUGAUGAUACCCGUAGAACCUUCCUGAUGUGCAUAUUGUAAGGUAAGGCAAACAUCCAUUCAACUUCCAGCAUAUACUUUGAGCGGCCAAAAGUAAUGGCAGGUUGCAACAGUUAACAUCCGUACAGUGCAAUGGCGGUACGG